ACUCUCCGCUCCUGCUCCCGCCGCCGCCGCCUCGUCCUCGCCAUCCUCCUCCUCCUCGGCCUGGAAGCGUUGUUCUCCGCGGCGGAGGAGCGAAGUGCUAUGUCAGGAAAGUUCCGGGAGGGACUGCGUGGGGCCAUGCUCCCCGGGCUCUCGUGCGGGCGCCCGCGCGCCGCCCUUUGUACGAGGCAAAAGGACUCCUGUGGAAGAUGGAACUCAUUGUCCAUUUUCCAGAAUGUGUUUCCAGGCCUAUCAGUGGAACCUGAUACUGCUCUGUGUUGAAAAGCUUGAAGAACGCCUGCAUCUCUGCCUGCAUCUUCCAUCCUGCCGAAACCAUGGUCUUCUCAGCAGUGUUGACUGCGUCCCAUACUGGGGCAUCCAACACUACGUUUGUAGUCUUUGAAAACACCUACAUGAAUAUUACUGUGCCUCCACCAUUCCAGCAUCCUGACAUCAGUCCGCUGCUUCGAUAUAAUUUUGAAACCAUGGCUCCCACUGGUUUGAGUCCCUUGACAGCAAAUAGCACAGCUAUGACCCCAACACCAGCAGUUUUUGAGAGCCUAAACCUCCCCCUCCAGAUCAUCCUUUCUGCUAUAAUGAUAUUUAUUCUGUUUGUGUCUUUUCUUGGGAACUUGGUAGUUUGCCUCAUGGUUUACCAAAAAGCUGCCAUGCGAUCCGCAAUUAACAUCCUCCUUGCCAGCCUGGCUUUUGCAGACAUGCUGCUUGCAGUGCUGAACAUGCCCUUUGCCCUGGUAACUAUUCUUACUACCAGAUGGAUUUUUGGGAAAUUCUUCUGUAGAGUAUCUGCUAUGUUUUUCUGGUUGUUUGUGAUAGAGGGCGUGGCCAUCCUGCUCAUCAUUAGCAUUGAUAGGUUUCUUAUUAUAGUUCAGAGGCAGGAUAAGCUGAAUCCAUAUAGGGCUAAGGUUCUGAUUGCAGUUUCUUGGGCAACUUCCUUUUGUGUAGCUUUCCCUUUGGCUGUAGGAAACCCUGACCUGCAGAUACCUUCCAGAGCCCCCCAAUGUGUGUUUGGGUACACAACCAAUCCAGGCUACCAGGCUUAUGUGAUUUUGAUUUCUCUCAUUUCAUUCUUCAUACCCUUCCUGGUAAUACUGUAUUCGUUUAUGGGCAUACUCAACACCCUUCGGCACAAUGCCUUGAGGAUCCAUAGCUACCCUGAAGGUAUAUGCCUAACGCAGGCCAGCAAACUGGGUCUCAUGAGUUUGCAGAGACCCUUCCAGGUGAGCAUUGACAUGGGCUUUAAAACACGUGCCUUCACCACCAUUUUGAUUCUCUUUGCUGUCUUCAUUGUCUGCUGGGCCCCGUUCACCACUUACAGCCUUGUGGCAACGUUCAGUAAGCACUUUUACUAUAAGCACAACUUUUUUGAGAUUAGCACCUGGCUACUCUGGCUCUGCUACCUCAAGUCUGCAUUGAACCCACUGAUCUACUACUGGAGAAUUAAGAAAUUCCAUGACGCUUGCCUGGACAUGAUGCCUAAGUCCUUCAAGUUUUUGCCGCAGCUCCCUGGCCACACGAAGCGACGGAUACGCCCCAGUGCCGUAUAUGUGUGUGGGGAACAUCGGACAGUGGUGUGAAUAUUGGAGCUAUCUGACAUUUUGGGUGAUGGUUGUUGUUUAUUGACUUUGAAUUUUCUUUCACAUAGCUUCUCCACUUACACUUAUUGUUUUUUAUAGGGUUUGUGUAUGUGUCUGCAGUGUAAAGAAAGAAUGGUAAUUAGUUAUGGUUUUGUUACCAAGCAUACACAAUAGGAAAGUGAUCACAAAUUUUACCUCCAGGGUUCAAGAAAAGUGGAGAGAUAUUUUUUUAAUUGAUUUUGUUUUUUUUAGUAGGAAUCAGAAUGAUGCUUAAUUGAGCCUGCAGUUACAUUGAAUUGUAGGUGUUCUGUAUGCUGCUAAGAUAUGCUUAGUUGAUUUUAUCAAUUUUUUUUUUCUGGAAGACACUGCUGCUUUUUGCCAUCACAUUGGAGCCAAAAACCCAUACAUCUCAGUCGAUAAAUAUUUAGUUUUAUUGAGAAAAAAUAACCCAAGGGGGUUAGUGAC